UCAUAUAUCUCGCCGCUACUCUCGCGGCCGAAACUGUCAUCUUCUAUCUUCGCGUUUGGAAGUUUGUGUCGCAUAGAUAUCAUUCUAACGUGAUCCUUUUUUUUAUCUUCUUUGAUUUUUCCGCAAAUACUAUCGUUUUAUCCACUAUUCGUAUACUACCGUAAUUGAUUCGGCAAUAAAAGUGUUGUGCUCUCAGUAUUAUUGUUUAGUACUAUUGUAGUACUAUUGUUAAGAAAGAAACCAUUUUAAAAAUAUUUGUUGUUUAAAAAUCUGUUGUGAAUUGUCACUCACUGUUUUGCGUGCUUUUAUGGAUAGCGUUACGUAUACGCAAAAGAUACACAGCAAUCUCAUCUGCAAAAGUUCACAUUGUUUAUAAAUUUGAAUAAUCAGAAUGUAUUGUAUGCUAUUUUGUUUCAUCUCCAUUUACGGAAGCAUUUAUGGGAUGCAUUUUCCUAACAAGGGAAAUGCACCUUUUCCGUAUCAUUCACGUUACUUAAUGUACGAGGAGCCAUACAACAUUGAGUUCAAGUAUCACAACUACGAACAGAUGAGCCGCUUUCUUCGCACAACAUCUCUUCGAUUUCAAAAUCUCACUGCACUGUACUCGAUAGGAAAGUCAGUAAAAGGUCGUGAUUUAUGGGUGAUGGUCGUGUCGUCGUCGCCAUAUGAACACAUGAUCGGUAAACCCGAUGUAAAAUAUAUUGCUAAUAUACAUGGAAACGAAGCUGUAGGACGUGAGUUAAUGCUACAUCUUAUUCACUUUUUGGUGACAUCGUAUGGAAUAGAUUCUUAUAUCACAUGGUUAUUAGAUAAUACAAGAAUUCAUAUUCUGCCCUCAAUGAAUCCUGAUGGUUUUGAGGUUUCUAAAGAGGGAAACUGCGACGGUGGUCAAGGCAGGUAUAAUGCGCGUGGUUUUGACUUAAAUCGAAACUUCCCAGACUACUUUAAGCAGAACAAUAAAAAGAGUCAACCGGAAACCGAAGCUGUUAAGGAAUGGGUCUCAAAAAUUCAAUUCGUGCUUUCGGGAAGUUUGCACGGUGGUGCGCUUGUAGCUAGCUAUCCCUUUGACAAUACUCCAAAUUCGCGAAUAUGUCGAUCAGCGCCACUAUGUGCAGUGUUUCAGAGCUUCACAGCGACGCCAAGUAUAUCGCCGGACGAUGACGUGUUCCAACAUCUAUCAUUGACAUAUUCGCGAAAUCACGGAUCCAUGUAUCAAGGGUUGCCAUGUUCACCAUCCCAGCCUGCGUUUAAGCGCGGAAUUACCAACGGCGCCGAGUGGUAUCCGCUUACAGGUGGUAUGCAGGAUUUCAACUAUGUGUGGAAUGGAUGCAUGGAGAUCACUUUGGAGAUUUCUUGCUGUAAAUAUCCACCGGCUUCAAAUCUGGUGCAUUACUGGGAGGAGAAUCAAAUGUCUUUAAUCAAAUUUUUGGCAGAGGCUCACAGAGGUAUUCAUGGUUUUGUUGUUGAUGAAAAUGGUAAUCCUAUUGAGAAAGCAUCUGUUAAGGUAAAAUCACGAGAUGUCAGUUUCUCGACGACUAAAUAUGGUGAAUUUUGGAGAAUUCUUCUACCUGGGAUAUAUAAGCUAGAGAUAUUUUCGAAUGGAUACAUACCUCGGGAAGUGGAAUUCGUGGUAGUCGAACAACAUCCAACUCUGCUUAACGUUACACUUCAUUCAACAAAAAGACAAUAUGAAGAUGAAAACGGAUCUCUUUUAUAUAAUGGGAACAUAGGAGGGAAACCAUAUCCGCAUCGAGAACAUAUGUUAUAUUACCGACCGCAACCCGGAGUGAAUACUACCCCCAAUGUCAACGGUGGCGGCGGUAUCUUCUCGUCUAUCAGUAACGGAUUUAACACCUUUGUAACCAAUCUCUUCGGAUAAUGUCAUGUAACGUACGCUUGGAUAUUCUUAAUUAUUUAUUUACCUUCUAUAUACCUUUAUUCUCUCCAUACUAUACUGAGUUUAAGUCGAGAAGAGAAUCCUAUUGAGUAUAGGGGAAGAAAAGCGAGAAAAGUAGAGAUAGCGUUGAGUGUGGAAUUGGCGGGACACUCCAAUGGCUGUAGAGUGAGGAGCUUCCUGGUAGGGGAGAUGCGCGAAACAAACGAGUUUUCGUCCAUCCGGUUUCUCUUCUCGAUUUGAAUUCAGUAUAAAAAAACUUAAAAUAAGUCAAAUAAGUAAGUAAAAUGAAGAAUUUGUAUCUCUUGUAGAGAUUCAUGAAAUGAGUUAUAACAAAUCUAGAUACAAGAGAUACAAAAAAUUUAGAUAUAAUUGACCCUUUAAUGCCAGAUAUCUGGGUCUCCCAGAUUCACUCAAAAGCUUUCAACCGGUGUCUCUACUAGAUAUUAGUUUAGCGCGACAUCUGAAGGCUAUGAAAAAAAACUUUAGGGUCUUAGACAAUGGUAAUGGUUGUUGACGUCAUUUAAUAGCUUUGCAAAGUUUGAAUUUUAAAGUGCAAAAAGGGUCUGAGAGACCCAAGCCUGGACAAGACGUUGGCAUUUCGAAAAGUAAUUUUUUUUCAGUUUGAGCACUUUUAAUAUAUUAAAUAAUUGUUUUUUUUUAAUAAUUUUGUCAUAAUACAUGUACGUUUAUAACAAUUUAUUAGGUCAUGGUGCGUAGAAAUGUUUUAAACGUUUCUUUCAAACUAUUAGAGAUUUUUGUAAUUUAUUUUUUUGAUUGACGCAGAAGUGUUUAAACUUUCUAUCUAAAAAAAGAAGGUAAAACUGCUUAUGAGAGAAGCAGUCUCUGAUAACCUUAACAUAUAUUAUCAAGGUCGUGGCCCCGAGUAAGGUUUCGAAGGUUUUAUCCGGCGAUCGUUGUUUAUUUACAAGUUAUAAACAAAAACAUCCGCGAAAAAAAUAAGGAACGACUUCCGAUUACAUUCGCUUCUUCGCUUCUUCGCGGGAGAACACAGCCUCCCCUCUGCCUACACGUGUCGUGCAACGUAUUGACUUCAGAAAUCGACACGAUGUUAGAAAACAAAGAAUUCAUUUGCAAAACUUCUUUUGCGAAUAUCUCGGAAACUAAGGACGAGCGGCAGUAACAUGUAUAGGGAAAAGUUGUUCAGAAUAACGUCCUUAACAACAUAUUUCAAGCUCAUCAAAAUUAGUGAGGAAGCCCCUAAUCUAAAUAAUUACCAAACGAUGUCGUAUGAGUUAUACUUUUUUUGUUAAUAAUUUGUAAACAAACAACAACCGCCGGAUAAAACCUUCGGGACCUUACUUGGGGCCACGACCUUGAUAAUAUAUCGAGGUCAAGGUUAUCAGAGGCUGCUCCCCUCAUCGACAGUUUUACCAAAAGUUUUUUUUCGAAAAAAAAUUGUUAGAUUUUUUUACACAGUUAUAUUUUCGAAACUAGUGAAGAUUUUUU